AUGAUGUAUGGAAUGAAGAUAAAGAGAAUGUGGGAGGAUGAACUGAAGCCACUAUUGUGUUCUGUUGGUGGACCAGGAAGUGUUAUAGUGGUCACAUGUCGAAGCAAACAAGUGGCCUCUAUAAUGUGCACUGUCAAGCCCCACGAGCUAGUAUUUCUGAGUGAAGAAGACUCAUGGGAAUUGUUUUUGAACAAAGCAUUUAGCAAUGGUGUUGAUGACCAACCAGAGUUGGUCGCCAUCUUAAGGCGUAUUGUCAAUAAAUGUGAGGGGUUGCCUCUUGCUCUUAAGAUGAUGGGCGGAUUGCUGAGUUCAAAGGAAAAAGUACAGGAAUGGAAGGCCAUCCAAGAAAGUAACAUUAGGGAUAAUGAUGGAGGCAAAUAUGAGGUAAUGCCCAUACUGAAGUUAAGCUACAAACACAUGUCCUCUGAAAUGAAGCAAUGUUUUGCAUUCUGUGCGGUUUUUCGCAAGGAUUAUGAGAUGGAGAAGGAUAGGUUGAUGCAACUAUGGAUGGCAAAUGGCUUUAUUCAAGAAGAGGGAACAAUGGAUUUAGUGCAUAAAGGAGAAUUCAUUUUUGAUGAGUUGGUUUGGAGGUCCUUCCUCCAAGAUAAGAAAGUGGUAGUCAAACCUGCUGUCUAUGAUGGUGACACACAAUAUGAGACAAUUGUAUGUAAAAUGCACGACUUAAUGCACGAUCUAGCAAAAGAUGUCACUGAUGAAUGUGUGGUAACAUGCGAUGAAUCGACUUACCUGCAGGUGGGAAUCUCUGAAGCGGGCAAUGGUAGAUCUUCCCCGGAAAAAAAUUGUAUGAGACCAGGUCUCACGGAUUAG